CUUAUCUUGCCCUCGGCCUGCUAUGGUCACGGUACAUACCCUUUCCUCUUGAUCUUGCCCUCCUCACAGCUUCAGUACAAGAUCUUCAACAACCACCAGCUCACUCCGGACUACAAAGCCGCCAUGAAACUCGCUAUCCUCUCAGCUUUCCCCACAACACUGCCUAGGCCAAUACCAGGAUUAUUAUACCAUCCUUGACCGAUUCUCGGAAGAAGCUACACAAAUCUCGUUCUUAAUCCGAUCAGCUCCAUCGAUCAUUGACAUAAGAUACUAGCCCCAUUCACCCGGUUAAGCUCAACAGACUUCUACUAACUCAAAAGUGAUCAUGGCCCCGAAAACCAGCACGAUGGCUAUCCACAUGACCGUCAAAGAUGCGCCGUUCAGGUACAAGGAGAUCUUCUUCUGGACGGCCUACGAUGUGUUUGAAUACGUGUUAGAAGAAUACGGAAAUUACAUACGCGAGGGACAGAUGACCGAAGAGGGCGUGACCGCGGUAGCCAUCCACGAGGCCUUAUACUCCAGAUGCCGUUACCUGGCCUCGAUGAGGAACGACGUCAAUGGCGACCCGUACGUGGUCUGGGGCGACCAAGAAGCCCCAGACCUCUCCAAUAUCCCCGACUCCAGGGCUAAAGAAUUGUUGGAAAAACAUUGGCAUCAGUUCGUCGUCACCGCCGCAACAGCCUGUGCUAGAGAAUCCAAACGCCACUCCGACUUGUAGUCCUACUCGACGCCCUUCGGUCUCACUCCGUAACCUAUUUAUAGGUGAUGUUUAUAAUUUGUGGUUAAAAAUAAACAAAGAAGAAGAAGAUCCCAUGAAUAGGUACAAACAAGAAGAACAAUUGUCAUAUAAACAUGAUUGUUAAAGCGCUUUGAUUAUGAAACAUUCUAAUAUAUUAUAUUCAGACAAAUGAUUUGGUAACUUUCAAAAAAAAAGUAAACUAACUCUGUUGUUGUCAAAAUCAUGUGACCUCUGCUAAAUCCUCCUCCUGAUCACAGCCAAUCCAAUGUAUCGCUUUGUAAAACCAUGCUUCUUCCUGCUAUAUGUGUAAACCUCUUAUACAAAGAAACUUGUAGUUUUGUACUCCAAUACUGGCUGUUUUCUGUUGGCUCUGUGGUUAGUGAUUCUCCUGUGGUAUUAUCAGUCCAUAUAUAUCGGUAUACAAUUACAAUAAUUACAUGAAAAGCUGGAGUGGAGUGAGUUUUUCCACUGUCAAG